GGAACUCACCAGUCGAUUAUAAGAAGGCGGGCUUUCGGUCGGAGGGUGGAUCUUCCCUUCAUCAACUCACUCGCUUCGGCAAACAACACUUCCACCCACCACCACCCCACCUUUUCAACCUUCUAUAACAAUGUCUGGACGCGGCAAGGGCGGCAAGGGUCUUGGCAAGGGCGGCGCUAAGCGUCACCGCAAGAUUCUUCGUGACAACAUCCAGGGUAUUACCAAGCCCGCCAUCCGCCGUCUGGCGCGUCGUGGCGGUGUCAAGCGUAUCUCGGGCCUGAUCUACGACGAGACCCGCGGUGUCCUCAAGCUCUUCCUCGAGUCGGUCAUCAGGGACUCGGUUACCUACACUGAGCACGCCAAGCGCAAGACUGUUACCUCGCUCGACGUCGUCUACGCCCUUAAGAGGCAAGGCAGGACUCUCUACGGUUUUGGCGCAUAAAGAGACUUUUUUCUUUGUCUCUGUUUCUGUACUAUAGCCUUCUAUGCCUCUUCCGCAUGUGACAUAUGGCGCGCUCGCGACCGCUACCCUCU